CUAAAAACGUUGUCCCGCGUCGUUUUUAAUAUUCACUUUCAAGUUUCAAUGUAACGUACCGCGCAUUCCAUGCGGUGAACCGCAACUUGAAAAGUUUCCCGAUUUUCACCCCUCAAAAAGUCCCUCUGAGCUUCUUAUCUCUGUACCUCUUCUGCGUCCCUCGAGCGAGAGAAAGCCCGUGAAACCCCUCCAUCACCAUUAUUACAGAGCUUGAAUAGAUUGAAGUCACGAAUCAAGGACAACAGACAAAGGGCUGGAACCAUGCCAAAGAUAAAGACAAAUCGUGUCCAAUAUCCUAGUGGAUGGGAGCUAAUUGAACCUACUCUUCGUGAAAUAGAGGCAAAGAUGCGAGAAGCUGAGAAUGAUCCUCAUGAUGGUAAGAGAAAGUGUGAGGGCCUGUGGCCGAUAUUUCGAAUAGCUCAUCAGAAGAGUCGCUACAUAUACGAUCUUUACUAUCGUAGAAAGGAAAUAUCUAAGGAGUUAUAUGAAUUCUGCUUGGAACAAGGUUAUGCGGACCGCAAUCUGAUUGCCAAAUGGAAAAAGCCUGGCUAUGAAAGGCUCUGUUGCUUACGGUGCAUUCAACCGCGUGAUCACAAUUUCAAUACCACAUGUGUUUGUAGAGUGCCAAAGCAUUUGAGGGAAGAGAAGGUCAUAGAAUGUGUCCACUGUGGUUGCAGGGGUUGUGCUAGUGGAGACUGAUUAAUUUGGAAGGAAAGGAUUGUAUGAUUUUCUUUGAUUGCCUCACCAUAUAGACUUUUGUAUGCCCACUUAUUUCAUGUCUAUAGUAAAGAGAAACUUUUCAAGCC